AUGCCGCUGGGGAAGGGCCCCUCAAAGUCUUUGCUUGCCGAGACGCUUCGCGCCGUUGCUGCAAGCAAUGCCAAUAGCAUUGUCCUCUACGCCAAGCAGAACCCGGAUGUUCAGCGCUUGGUUUCGGGUUAUGAAACUUGGGAGCGAACGCUUCGUAAUGAGGCGAGGCAGAGGGUAGGCUCGUUCAAGCCGCCGGAGACACUGCUUACAGCUCAGUCACCGGGGUUGUCUGAAGAUUGGGACCUGCUGCGCCGCGUCAACUCGAAUAAUGCUCUGGCCUUGUCUACUUUCAUGAAGCGGUCCUUCCCUCGCGUGCCCACGGCUCCCUCGCUGCAAGAACUUUCCGAUUCCUGGGUUGCCAACGAGGCCGUGGCCAAGAAUUUGGAAGCUGUAGCCCAGACCAUCAUCUCGCGGUCAAGGCUCGCGUUGCAGUCCGCGCACCUCAGCAUCCAGCAGACGGCUGCAAACUGCCAGCAGAAUUUCCAAAUGCUGGCUGCGAACACCAGCGGCGACGCCUCGGGAUCUGGGUCAGAAGUCGCCAUCGGCCCCUGGGCCAUCUUCCCUCGCUACCUCCGCGCGCGAGAAGCGGAGCUGGCAGCAGCUGAAGGCCUGGACGGCGCGGCGGCGACGCCCUCUCCAGCGGAGUGGUAUGCGCCCUUCGAGAAGUACAUCGAGGGGCUGGAGCACAACCGCCGAUUAGCUCUGUUGCGCGGCUCCUCGCUACGGGAGACGGGCCGUCAGGUGGCUAUCGUGACGACCGCCAGUCUGCCGUGGCUGACAGGCACGGCGGUGAAUCCCCUGCUGCGCGCGGCGUACCUGGCCAGCAGUGGCGACCGCAAGGCCGACCAGCAGCGGGUGUUUCCAGCAGACGUUACCUUUGAGACGCCGGAGGAGCAGGAGGAGUUUGUGCGGCAGUGGGCUCGCAACCGGACGGGAUUGGAGUGCAACUUCAAGGUGGCGUUCUACCCUGGGCGCUACGCGGCGGAGAAAGGCAGCAUUCUCCCUGUGGGUGACAUCACGAUGGUCAUUCCUGACCACGAGGCGGAUGUGGCAGUAUUGGAGGAGCCGGAGCACCUGAACUGGUACCACCACGGGCGGCGCUGGACUGACAAGUUUGCCCACGUGGUCGGGGUGAUGCACACCAACUACCUGGACUACGCCCGGCGAGAGGAGGGCGGCCAGCUCAAGGAGGCUCUGCUCAAGCACAUCAACGCCUGGAUGUGCCGCAUCUACUGUCACAAAGUAAUCAAGCUCAGUGAUGCCGUACAGCCGUUGCCCCGCCAGGAGACCAUGUUCGUACAUGGCGUGUCACCGUCUUUCCUCAAGGUGGGGCAAAGCAAGGCGCAGUUGGCUGCGAGCGGCGAGCGGCCUUGGAGCAAGGACGUCUACUUCCUGGGCAAGGUGCUGUGGGCCAAGGGCUACACGGAGCUGUUGGACCGGCUGAAGGAGCACACGCAGCGCACGGGGGAGCGGGUACCAGUGGACGUGUACGGCAGCGGACCCGACCUCCAGGCACGUCUGGGACCACCACUGGCCUCUCUUGCGGUCGAGCACGAGGCGUCCCGUCGCAAUCUGGCCCUCAGGUUCCGGGGAGCUCGCGACCAUGCAGACGCCACCCUGCAGGACUACAAGGUGUUCAUCAACCCCUCGCUGUCGGACGUGGUGGCCACCACAACCGCCGAGGCGCUGGCCAUGGGCAAGUUCGUGGUGUGUGCCGAGCACCCCUCCAACAAGUUCUUCGAGCAGUUCCCCAACUGCCUCAUUUACCGGAGUCCUGAUGAGUUUUCUCAGCAGCUCCACCGCGCCCUCACCACCGAACCGCAGCCUCUGAGCCCGCAACAGCUUCACAGCCUGACCUGGGAGGCGGCCACGGAGCGCUUCCUGGACAUUGCCGAGCUGAGACCGGGAUCCAUAGGGCCCCUGGACGUGGCGCUGGACAACGUACUGGCGGCGGCACACAACCUGUUGACCGGCGUCGAGGGCCUGCGGGUGGCGGCUGGCGCGGGCGCCAAGACCCGGGACAUGCCCGCGCGCAUCACUGACUACCAGCCGUCAGACAACGACGUGGGCGGGCUGUUUGACGACAAGAACCGAGCCCGCCGGAUCUACAGUAAGGCGGACGCCAAGCAGCAGCAGCAGCAACAGUCGAAACCGGGGGUUUUGCAGCUGCGGCCGCUGGCGCCGGUGCAGCAGCUCGCGGAGGCAGCCGCCGCGGCGGCCGCGGCGGCGGUGCCGCCGGCCCUUCCGGCGGCGACGGGGUCACGGGACGCGGCAGUGAACAGUGGCGGCAGCUCGGCGGAAUGA